AUGGCGGCGCUGAGCAGCGGCAGUAGCUCCGAGGGGGCCUCGCUCUUCAACGGGGACAUGGAGCCUGAGCCGCCGCCCGGAGCUGGGGCCUCGUUCCCGGGGGGCAGCGGCGGCGGCGAGCCGGCCAUCCCAGAGGAGGUAUGGAAUAUCAAACAGAUGAUUAAAUUAACACAAGAACACAUAGAGGCGCUGCUGGACAAGUUUGGAGGAGAGCAUAACCCACCAUCAAUAUACUUGGAGGCCUAUGAAGAGUACACCAGCAAGCUAGAUGCUCUACAACAAAGAGAACAGCAGUUAUUGGAAUCCAUGGGGAAUGGAACUGAUUUCUCUGUCUCCAGCUCAGCUUCAACAGACACAGUUACAUCAUCUUCCUCCUCUAGCCUCUCUGUAGCACCUUCAUCCCUUUCAGUUUAUCAGAACCCCACAGAUAUGUCACGGAAUAACCCCAAGUCUCCACAAAAACCUAUUGUUAGAGUCUUCCUACCCAACAAACAGAGGACAGUGGUUCCAGCAAGAUGUGGGGUGACAGUCCGGGACAGUCUAAAGAAAGCUCUGAUGAUGAGGGGUCUUAUCCCAGAAUGCUGUGCUGUUUACAGAAUACAAGAUGGAGAGAAGAAGCCCAUUGGCUGGGACACUGACAUUUCCUGGCUCACAGGAGAGGAGUUGCACGUGGAAGUCUUGGAGAAUGUGCCGCUUACCACACACAAUUUUGUACGAAAGACAUUCUUCACUUUAGCAUUCUGUGACUUUUGUCGAAAGCUGCUUUUCCAGGGAUUCCGAUGCCAGACUUGUGGUUAUAAAUUUCACCAGCGCUGUAGUACAGAGGUGCCACUGAUGUGUGUUAAUUAUGACCAGCUUGAUUUGCUGUUUGUCUCCAAGUUCUUUGAACACCACCCAAUAUCGCAGGAGGAGGCCUCCUUAGGAGAGACCACCCAAGCAUCUGGAUCGUACUCCUCAGUGCCCCCAUCAGAUUCUAUUGGACCACCAAUUCUCCCUAGUCCUUCUCCUUCAAAAUCCAUUCCAAUCCCACAGCCCUUCCGACCAGCAGAUGAAGACCAUCGGAAUCAAUUUGGGCAACGAGACCGCUCGUCUUCAGCACCCAAUGUGCACAUCAAUACAAUAGAGCCUGUCAAUAUUGAUGACUUGAUUAGAGACCAGGGGUUACGAGGAGAGGGAGCCCCUUUGAACCAGCUGAUGCGCUGUCUUCGGAAAUACCAAUCCCGGACUCCCAGUCCCCUCCUACAUUCUGUCCCCAGUGAAAUAGUGUUUGAUUUUGAGCCUGGCCCAGUGUUCAGAGGUUCAACCACCGGUUUGUCUGCCACCCCACCUGCCUCCUUGCCUGGGUCCCUUACCAGUGUGAAAGCUUUACAGAAGUCCCCCGGACCACAACGAGAGAGGAAGUCAUCCUCAUCCUCAGAAGACAGGAAUAGAAUGAAAACCCUUGGUCGACGGGACUCAAGUGAUGAUUGGGAGAUACCAGAUGGGCAGAUUACAGUCGGACAAAGGAUAGGAUCUGGAUCAUUUGGAACAGUCUACAAGGGAAAGUGGCAUGGUGACGUGGCAGUGAAAAUGUUGAAUGUUACAGCACCCACGCCUCAGCAAUUACAGGCCUUCAAGAAUGAAGUAGGCGUGCUCAGGAAAACCCGACAUGUGAAUAUCCUUCUUUUCAUGGGUUAUUCAACAAAGCCACAGUUGGCUAUUGUUACACAGUGGUGCGAGGGCUCCAGUUUGUAUCACCAUUUGCAUAUCAUUGAGACCAAAUUUGAGAUGAUCAAACUCAUUGAUAUUGCACGACAGACUGCACAAGGCAUGGAUUACUUGCACGCCAAGUCAAUCAUCCACAGAGACCUCAAGAGUAAUAAUAUAUUCCUUCAUGAAGACCUUACUGUAAAAAUAGGUGAUUUUGGUCUAGCCACAGUGAAAUCACGAUGGAGUGGGUCCCAUCAGUUUGAACAAUUGUCUGGGUCCAUUCUAUGGAUGGCACCAGAAGUAAUCAGGAUGCAAGAUAAAAACCCUUAUAGCUUUCAAUCAGAUGUAUAUGCAUUUGGGAUUGUUCUUUAUGAGCUGAUGACUGGGCAGUUACCAUACUCGAACAUCAACAACAGGGACCAGAUCAUUUUUAUGGUGGGACGAGGAUACCUGUCUCCAGAUCUCAGUAAAGUGCGAAGUAACUGUCCAAAAGCCAUGAAGAGGCUAAUGGCAGAGUGCUUGAAGAAGAAAAGAGAUGAGCGACCCCUCUUUCCACAGAUUCUUGCCUCUAUUGAGCUUCUGGCUCGGUCAUUGCCAAAAAUUCACCGCAGUGCAUCUGAGCCCUCAUUAAACCGGGCUGGCUUCCAGACGGAGGAUUUUAGUCUGUAUACUUGUGCUUCUCCAAAAACACCCAUCCAGGCAGGGGGAUACGGAGAAUUUGCAGCGUUCAAGUAGCCACAGCGCCAUGGCAGCACCUACUCUAUUAUUUAAGUCUUGUGUUCCUACAGUUUCUUAACAUCAAAACUCUGUUCUGCUCCUCAAAACCUAAAGCAAUUUAGGAAA